AUGUCACUCACCGAAGUGGACGCCCUCGAGGCCAUCGUCAUCAUAGACAAUGAACUGGACCCCAUGUCUCCAGCGGCUCCAGAUACCGUCACGGUCGGCGGCCAAAUGGGAUCCAUCGCUAUGGGAUCGACGCACAACUUAACCGACCGCGGCAACGCCAUCAAGGAGUUGAGGAUGGGCGAUAUCUGCUGCGCGGCCCAUGGACUGUCGGUUUUGGUGACGGCCACCAAAGGUGACAAGAAACACUCGGUCCUCUUCGAUGUCGGACCAGAAGAAGACGCAUGGGAGAGGAACGUCAACCGCCUACGUCCGGAUCUGUCUUCCAUAGAAGUCAUCCAGCUAUCACACUGGCAUCGAGAUCACUCCGGCGGCCUCCUACGAGCUAUCCGCAUGAUUAAACAGGCGAAGCAAGCCCAGGGACAGUCUGAUAAGCUAGUCGUGGACGUCCAUCCCGAUCGACCGGAGUACCGGGGGUUUGCUAUACCUGCCCUGCCGGACAAUGUCAUCUCUCUAGAAGCAGAUCCAACCUUUGAUGAGAUGCAGGCCGCUGGAGCGGUGGUCGACAAACGCAGCGACUCGCACACGGUCCUGGAUGACUUUUUCCUCAUCUCUGGAGAAAUCCCGCGUGUGACGCCUUACGAAACGGGCCUGCGGGGCGCGAUGCGUUUCGAUCCCGAAGAUAAGGAAUGGUUUUCAGACGAGACCAUUGCCGAUGAACGUUUCCUCAUGUGCAACCUCAAAGGGAAAGGACUCGUUGUAUUCACGGGCUGCAGCCAUGCCGGUGUGGUCAAUACAGCGAGACACGCACUGAAAUCUGCCGGAAAACCAACACUUCUUCACGCCGUGGUAGGUGGCUUUCAUCUGGCAAUGAGCGACCAGCCCCAGAUCCAGAGCACAGUAGCAGACCUGAAACGACUUGACCCCGCCGUGCUCAUGCCUGGCCACUGCUCUGGCUGGCGGUCCAAGCUUGCCAUUGAGAAGGCGAUGCCGGGGAGUCUAGUGCCGUGUUCGGUGGGCAUUAAGAUUGACUUCUAA